AUGAAGGAUAACGUCGCGGCGGCGGUGCCUCGGUUGGUGGCUCACUGCGACGUCGAGAUGUUCUCGCAUUACGUCGCUAAUCAAAUCGGGAUCGAGGAUCCGAACCAGUGCCCCCACCUUUGUACAAUGGCCUACGAGUACCUGAAGAAGAGCGAGGGCUACGAGCAGAAUCUGCUCGCCUUCUUCCACAACAACAUGGACCCGGACGCCCUGCUCGUGAAGCUGAUCGAGGAGCUGGACAGAUGCAUACUCGGCUACUUCUCCUUCCACUGGAAGUGUGCAACCCACGUGAUCACGCAGGUAGUAUACGGCAAAGGGAUCGGAUUAAACGAGAGGAGAAAUUUUGCACACUGA